ACAACUUUCAACCACUUCCGCUUCGCAUACGUCAUUUUCAGCAGAAAUUGGGCUGGCAAAACUGACGUGGCAUUGACAGAAAAAUCCUAUUUACGUUGUCACAGAGACGAGUUGUGUACUAAGAGUAUAUUUACAUUAACUCUAAGGCAUUUUCUCUCCAAAUCGUUCAAUUAUUUUGCAUUUAAAAUCGGAUUUAGGCAUUGUGGUUGAAAAUGGGACUGACCAUCUCCAGUCUGUUCAAUCGUCUGUUUGGCAAGAGAGCCAUGAGGAUCCUUAUGGUCGGACUUGAUGCAGCUGGAAAAACAACAAUCUUAUACAAGUUGAAACUUGGAGAAAUUGUCACCACUAUUCCCACAAUUGGUUUCAAUGUGGAGACCGUUGAAUACAAAAACAUCAGUUUCACUGUAUGGGACGUUGGUGGUCAGGACAAAAUUCGACCUCUAUGGAGACACUAUUUCCAGAAUACUCACGGCCUAAUUUUUGUUGUGGACAGUAAUGACAGAGAAAGAGUAGAAGAAGCUAGAGCUGAACUGAAGAAAAUGCUGGAGGAGGAUGAGCUCAGAGAUGCCAUUUUAUUGGUGUUUGCUAACAAGCAGGAUCUUCCUAAUGCUAUGUCAGCAUCAGAAAUCACAGAGAAACUGGGACUCAGUGCAUUACGAGGACGAAAGAUGUUGUCCCCGAAAACUCUUAAAAAGUUACCUAAAACCGUACAUAGUCCAAAGGACUGGAGCUACCUUGAAAUGAAGGAGAUAGACAGCCUUCUCCGAUGUCCUAUUUGUUAUGACUUCAUGCACACUGCCAUGAUAUUGCCAGAGUGUUCACACACCUUUUGCUCUUUCUGUAUAAGACAACAUUUGUCCCACACAAACCAGUGUCCAGCCUGCAACCAUGGAGCUUGUGAAAACAACUUGAGAAACAACAGACUGGUUGACGAUUUGAUUAUUCAGUUCAAAGCUAUCAGGUCACUAUUACUGGAAAUUACACAGAAACACUCAAAUGAAAGAGAUAGCUAUUUGAAUCAAAGUAAUGAGACUGUGCUGCAAGAAAGCAAGACGCAGAAAAAUCCACCUAAUUCAAAGACAAUUACCAGUAAACCUACUACUGUUAUAGAUGAUGUCAUUGACCUCAUUUCUGAAGACGGUGAGGGGAAAGAAGACGAUGUGAGUGAGGAUUGGAAACUGAGAGAGAACAAGGAGAAUCAAGGUAUCUCCACCCCCGGGAAGUCGUUACCUGACAGAGAUGGGGGUGGGGAAUUGUCCACCCCGAGGAAUCAGAGGUCAUCCCUGCAGAGCAUGUUCUCUCCCUCCCCAAAACAAAUGGUUUCCUGUCCUGUCUGUGGAUUAUCUCUCAGAGAGGGGGCCAUGAAUGACCAUCUUGACUUGUGUCUUGGGGGAGAAGAGAAAAAGUCUGCUCUUAGAAAACCAACUCCAAAAAGGAAACCAAUGGCUAAGUUAGUCUACAACCUGAUGUCAGAGAGAGACAUCAAGAAAAAGCUGAAGGAGGUGGGACUGUCAACAGCUGGGGACAAGAAGACUCUGGUCAGAAGACAUCAUGAUUUUGUGAUGCUGUACAAUUCUGAGUGUGAUGCACUAAACCCCAAGUCAGUGCAGGAGAUAGUGAAAGAAGUGGAGAAAACGGAGAACAUUAGAAACAGGAGCAGGACAGACCACAGUAGGCUUCUUAUUGAGAAAAAUAGUUCACCUGCCACUAUAGAAAAGGCCCAGAAGAUUUACAUGAAAAAACACAAGUCCCAUUUCUCUGACUUGAUAGCCGAGACAAAGAAGAGAAUGAGAGAACAGAGAAUGAAACAGAAGAAGUCAUCAGACGGAAAAGAUCCAGGCCUAGAGAGUGAGACAGAGACUUCAGUGACUGAGGCCAGUGACACGGGGACAGUGGGGACACAGAGCGAAUCUGAGGGGGAGGGGAGGAGGAUGUCCAGUAGGAACAGGAAGAGGGCAGCGAUGGGACAGUGUGAUGAGGAGGAGAUGUUGUCAGUGAACCAGGAUAUUAUUGAGAUGUCCUCCCAAAGCGAGACUGAGGAUGGAACUCGGAGGAAGUCAAGCCGAAUGAAAGAGAAAGUCAUCAGGGAGGAAGACAUGGAAACAGAGAACUCAGGUGGAGAUGGGAGUGAAUUGGAGGUUGUUUCCCUGCAGAGUGAGACAGAAAGUGAAAGUAGGAUAUCGGUGAGGCAUCAAGGGAAGAACAUGUCAGAUCAAGGGAAGACUGGUGGAAGUUGUGUGGAGGAUGAGAGUGAAAGGGGGAUGAAGAAAUCUAGAAAUUCAAAGGGAGCAAAAAAAGAGGUAGCAGAAGUAGAUGAAGAUUCUUACCAAGUCUCUCAGAUUGAAACCGAUGGAAAAUUGAGGCGGAGGUCAGUGAGGAACAAAAACAAAAUUGAAAGUAGCAAAGGUAAUGAAAAUGAAAGCACUGAAGAUAAGGAACAAAAUAAUCAAAGAAGAACAAGAAUCAGAAACACUUCUGUGAGUGCAAUGACUAAUUCUACAGAAGAAAGAUCUAGUGGACAAGAAAGAAAAAGGGGAAGAAACACAGGUGAUGAACCGGAAGAAAAUAGAUCUCAAAACCAAAGGCCUAGAAGGGGUACACAGAAAUUACAGUCAGAUCCAAAUUCAUCUACAGGCAAGAAGGCUUACUGUGAGGUAGAUGCAGGGAAAUCUUCUGAAGAAAAAGUGACUGAAAUGGAGGUGGAAUCAGAUUUUCAAGAACAAGAUGAAUGCUCUGCAGAAAGGAAUGAACCUGAUUUGUUGAACAUGGUGGAUAAAGCUGACAUCUCGUCGACUCUUCUAGGAAAAAAUGGCCCUUCUAAAUCCAAGUCAUAUAAAAAUGAGGGAACUUUAAAAAGGAAAAAGAAUUUAAAGCGUAGUCAGAAUAUUGAUAUUGAAGAUGAAAUGGUGGAUGAACAUGGUAUUCAUGAGGAGAAAAAAGAUGUGGAACUUGAACCGAGUACUUGGUCAGAUGAUAAAGAGAAGGAAAUGAUGAAAAAUGAAAAUCUGAUAGAGAGUUUGAAUGGAGAAAAACACAUCUCCAUUAAAAACCAGACAGACAAAAGUGGUGGUUUUGUGGCUGAUGGGUCUGGUUAUGCAUCAUUGCAGACAACACCAAAUGGGAAAGUGAAAUCUGUAACUCCUGACCAACAAAAUAAGGCAGGAAAAUCUAAAAAUCCAGAAAAAGAUGACAGUCUCCAUAUAGAUGAGACACCAGUGAAGGAGUAUGAUGUGGAUAACAUUUCCACCUUGUGGCCAGCACUAAGUGGAGAAGUGGAUGUCUCCACAUCAAGGACCCGUCAUCUCUCCAGCAUCUCCACCAAGAGUGACAAGUCCAACUGUAGUGAUCUGUCCGCAGUCUUCUCUCCCAUCAAAGAUCUGAAGAACAUGGAAGGGGAAGAUGAAAAAACUGAAAGACUUCCUGUUAAAAGGGAGAUUUCUGGUGACUUUGAGAACAGGAAGAGGAAACGACUGAGUGAACCAGCGUCCAGGAAACGCAGACGGACGUGAUGGCUGCUUUCCUUUAGAAAGUUGUUCCAAGUACAGGACAUUAUGUGAACAUCAGAUGUUCUAAUUAGUUAUAUUUAAUUAUAAUCUAUGAACUUUAUCUCACAAGUACAAUAACAUAUAUUUAUAUAUAUAUUAAUUGGACUAGGUGCUUUUGUAUAUUUAAGUACAUGUAUUAUUUUGUAAAAGGUUAUAAAUAAUUAUGACAUAUAAAUUCUUCUCAAUUUCGCAUUAGUCAUUCAUUGUUAAAACUUUAGUGCAAUACCUAUAGAACACUAUUGAUGCAUGUAUAUUUUGUCAAAAAAAUCAUAUGCAUUAAAAAUAUUGAAAUGUUUUAAUUGUUCUGUAGAUCCCAAGUAUUGGGAAACUUUGGAUUGAGUUUUUUUUUUCUUCAAAUCUUAAUGUUUUGAAGAUUAAGAUACAAUAUAUGUUGACUUUACCAAAAGUAAAUGGGGCGUCAUUUUCUGUUUUAUAAGGAAGCAUUGUUUUAAUUAUCAAAUGCAAUAUGUUGGACAUUUAGUUGUAAAAAAAGAAAAUCAUAUAAAAACAAAAAAAAACUCA